GAUCUAUCUCCCGAUGGACUUACUCUACGCAUGGUACUUGAACUGGGAGAAGUUGAUCUUGAAGUUGAAAUGAAGCGAAGACAAGGGAGGUUUGACGAAACAACUGCUAGAUCUUUUGCUUUAGAAAUUGCAAAAGGCAUUAAAGAAAUGCAUGAUCAUUGUAUAAUUCAUCUUGAUAUAAAACUUUCAAAUGUUCUUAUUAUUAACGGCGCGCUGAAAAUAAUGGAUUUAGGAUUAUCUGCUAUCUUACCUAAUAAAGAGGGUUUUAUAAUCAGAGACUUUAUGUUCGGCUCAAACAGGCCACCAGAACAGAUCGUGCCACGAAGUGAUGGAACAUAUAAGCUUACUAAAAAAGUGGAUACGUGGGGACUCGGUUUUGUUGUCUAUCAGAUGAAUUAUGGUCGGAGACCGUUUUCUGAUCACCCUGAGAAAACUAUGAUGGCGAUACUUGAUCCAAAUGUGCGAAUACAGCACGACAUUGGAGCUGAUCCCAUUUUAAGCAUGUUUCUUGAAGUAACUAUGCUCUUACCAUUGGCUCUGCCUCAUGGCUUAUUCGUCACUAUGGCGUUUUAUUCCAGAUGUGCACAGCUCGAAAUGUUGAAAAACGAGCUUCAAUAG